UUUAUUCCAAAGUAAGACAAGAGCCAGAUCAAAAUCCUCUCCCAGGCUGAGAAGGCCUGGUUCUUGUAAUAUUUUGGGAUAAAUCCUCCUCAGCACUUCCCAAAACACCCCAUGCCCCAAGGAAGACCUGGAAUGGCCCCCAGAGCCUUGUCCUGACAGGAGAAGGGGGUGUGGGGUGGGAAUUCAAUCCUCUGGUUGUGUCUCCUGGGGACUGGGAGCGUCUGAAAGGUGAUGCCGGCGCAUUCCUGCAGAAUUCAUGAGGCUCUGGAGCCAUCCUGGAGCCGGAGGGGCCAGGACAGGGACCCCAGGGAGAUUCCUGGGACACACCUGGGGGUCCCUUCCAGCCAGGACACCCCCACCUGAGGGUCCCUGCAUGGAGAGCCCCCCGGUGCCGCCCGCCCUGGACGUGGACAGGGCCGUGGCCACGGCCUUCGUGGUGCUCCUGGGGCUCUUCCUGCUCGCCAUGACCGUGCGCUGUGCCCGGCUCGUGGUGGAUCCCUACAGCGCCAUCCCAACCUCCACCUGGGAGGAGGAGCCCAUCAACUGA